CACUAAUUUUAAUCACCACAUUAUAAAAUUUAGUUGUUCAAACUCCGUUUAUGACGAUGCCAAAUUUCCGACGUCGACCACUCCCUCAGAUAUUUAUCAGUUUUCAAGGAAACGACGACCUCCGCAAAGGAUUUGUCAGCCAUGUCGUGAAAGCCUUAAAGGAAGCACGGGUCAACGUUUUCGUAGAUAGCGAUGAUCAAUGGGAAAGGAGAGGCCCUCAUCAUCAUGACCAACUCUUCGUCAGGAGGAUCCACAAUUCCAAACUCGCACUUGUGAUAUUCUCUGACAAAUACGCAGAGUCACAACAGUGCUUGAAUGAGCUGACCAAGAUCCAUGAGCGCGUGACGGACGGGAAACUCAUGGUGAUCCCAAUCUUCUACAAAGUGAACAUUGAAGAAGUUAACAAUUUGGAGGGAAGAUUCGGUAAAUGUUUUGACGAAACGAUGAGGAGACAAGGGAGGCAGAAUCAUCAGUUGACCCAUCACAUCGUUGGAUGUCUUAGGUCUAUUGCUAGACAGCCUGGCUUCACUUCAGGAUACUAUAGCAACGAUAGCGAUCUUGUGGAGGCGAUCAUUCGGGGAAUUAAGAAGAACAUACCUUAUAUAUCGGCAAAACAAACGAUUGGGGAAGAAGUCUUGGCAGAGCUUCUUUCUGCUUCAAUCGUUGCGGCUUUAUGUUUUUACUUUGUUCCUAUGUAUGUUUUCCUGGAUUCGGGAUUCUUCAUUAGCCCACGUUGGUAUCUAGCUGUUCUGUUGUUGUUUGUCGUCCGGCAUAGUCUCCGAUUGAUGCAGAACUGAUGGGUUACGGAGAUGACACGUGAUUCUCAACGUAUGCCAUAAUCCAAACGACCGAUGAGCUCUUGUUUUUCCUUUAAUGCUAUAUGAUGUGUACACAAUCUAUAUCUUUUUCUAUCGUUAAGUCUCUCCUUUUUUUUAAUUUCCAAGUUUCUUAUUCAUAUGUUCAUAGUUUAAUAAUUAAACCUUACCAGCUAAU